UGUAUGUGUGUGUGUGUGUGUGUGUGCGUGUGCGUGCAGCCUGCAGCCCCCUCGCUCGCUCGGUGCGUCGCGGUCCUCCUGAGCUCUGAGUGGAGCUGUCUCGCCUCUGUCGCCCUGUUGAGCGCGGCCGCUGCCUUCCAUUGCACUUCUCUCCAGCAGCAGCAGCAGCGGACCGAGCAGGCCCCCCCUUGGCAGCCGCUACACGGUGGCUGCGCGCCGGGCUCAUUCCCACCGCGGAGACCCGGCAGGUGCGUCGGCGGCGCGGUGUUCCACCGCAGAACGGCGGGCGACGUCCCGCAUAGUGGAUCCACGCACAGCUCGGCGGAGGGGAAGAGCUCCAGGCUGCAGAUGAAGCCCUGAACAAAGUGCGACACACACACUUACACACACACACAUACACACACACGCACGCACAUCGUCCACGGGCCUGUCGCGCUUUGCAACUUUGCGCGAGUGGCUGCGUGCGGGAGGUUCACGCCGGAUAAUCAGAGGUGAGGCUGCUGACAUUACUGUGAGGAGGAGGAGGAGGAGGAAGGUGACGCGCACUUCGCUGUCAGACGAGGAAGUGAAGCUUCACACACACACACACACACACGCCCAUUUCAGCCUGUGUCGACCCCCCCGGUUCAUCUGAGCAACAGACUUCAUCACAAACAUGCGCGCAGGGCCGGAUGGACGCCGCCGGGAGUAACCUGCAGGACGACGCCGAAUUCAGAGGUAGUGUGUCACAGUGUUGGACGAUGGACAAGGAUCCGGCUCGUCGGUCACAUCACGGAGACGCCACCAAUGGAAGCAGCCCCACCACCCCCACGCCUCCUCGGCUCACCCCCAACCCCACGCUCCUCGACUCCCCAGCGUCCACGCUGACGCCCGCCACCUCCUCGCCUCCUCCCCCUCUCACCCCUGCACCCUCCGUCAUCUCGUCCCAUGGCCCCAAGGCGGCGACGGCGUCGCCCCACAUCCUCGUCCCCGCUCCCCCUAAGCUCACCUCCACCGCCAUCCCCGCCCUCCGCACGUACUCUCGCCCGAUCCUGCCCUCCCCCACGACUGGCGUCUUCAAAAAAUCUCCUCCUGCACAAACCUCCUCCGCCUCCACCUCUCUUCUCCCACCAUCCAACCCUUCCUCUUCCUCUUCCCCUUCCUCUUCCUCUUCCUCUUCUCACGCCGUCGCCACCACGGCCUCCCCCCUCGUCUCCUCCGCCUGCCUGACCAACGGGAACACGCGGCCUGUGUCCACGCCGACCUCCGCGCCAAUCACGCCCUUUCACACACCAGCCAGUCCACCUGGCAGACAGGUACCACAGCCUCACCCUGUGGGAACACCUGGUCUCGUGCGAGCCAAUCAGAGCCCCUCCCCUGUCAGGCAGAGGGUCUCCCAGCAGACACUGCUCCUGGGGAAAGGUCUCAGGGGGUCCGGCCAAGACCAGGUGCUGCUCAGAGCUCAGAUGCUGAUUCUUACGUCUGCAAUGCGACCUGCCCCAUCCUCCUCCUCCUCCUCCUCUUCUUCCUCCUCCUCCUCCUCCUCCUCCUCACUCUCUUCCAACCCUGCUUCCGCUCAGCUCCAGAGUCUCACCCUGAGGCCUUCUCCCCCCGGGACCCUCACCAUCCCCCCCACCCUGCGCCUCAAGGCCCCGCCCCCACUCUCUCGCCCUCACGCCGCGCUCUUCCCCCCUCUCAGGCCGCGGCCGAAGCCCGGCACCACGGCAACGGAGAGCCCGACCACGCCCGGCCGCCACCUCGCCGUCCCGCCUCCGACUCUCUACUCUCCGGUACGAGCCGUCCCUCUGAGGCCCAGACUUCACUCUCCCAUCGGUCACCGAGCGGCGGCGCCUCGACAAACCUCUGGUCUCCAGCCGAUCGCCGCCGCUGCUCCUCCUCCCUCCAGUCAGGCCCCGCCCUCCAAUCAGGCCCCGCCCAUCAGCCGACCGCCUGCCGCUCUGAGGAACUGUCCGUUAACUCAAACUGUGCCCGGUCCCGGACAGAGCCAGCGCAGAUCGCUGUCCGUCACCAACCCUUCCUCCCACUUCGAUCGUUCGCCGUCUGCAGCCAGGCAGCUGCAGAUCAUCGCCCUCUCCUCGGGACGCCAGCCCCGCCCCGGAGUGUACGCCCACGCCUCGGUGCAGCCGCCGCCUCCCGUCGCAGAGCCCCCCGAGCUUUCCACCAAAUCAAAGAGAACUUUCGGCAGUGAGGAAGACCCACUCCUUCUUCCUCGUCCUCCAAACCCCUCGUUGCCAAAAACAACCUCUCCUCUGCCGUCGCCACCGUCUCUCCUGAGUCCGGCCUCUCCGCCACGUCAUCAGGCCGGAACUCAUUCACAGACUCCGGUUCGCGAGGCGAAGGAGAGCGAGGAGCAGACGGAAAGAGGGCGAGGGGCGCGACAAGGAACCAGAGAUGAGGGGGGCGUCGGUGAAGACCCGCGGCUGGAGAGAGAUGACCAAAGAGAGCGGGCGAGGGAGGAGAAACGACCGGGGCAGGAAGCUGAGGCAGGAAGAGAGGAGGAACAGAUGGAAGUGACGGAGGAAGGCCGGAGUGAGGACGGCGAGGAGGAGAAGAGGAUGGAGCAGGAAGAGGAAGCAGCAGAGAGCGCCAUGGACCAGUCCGAGGAGCCGACCGCCGGUCAGGUUCUCCGUCGGCACUGGAGCACGGAUCCAAUCCCGACGCCCGAUCCCAUCAAAGAGUCCAGCCUCAAACUCAAACCCGACCUGGGUCUUGUUUCCGCCUCAGCUCCGUUCCAGACCUCAGCCCCCAUCCCGGCUUCAGUCCCAGCACCGCCUCCGGUCCCAGCACAGGUCCCGGCACCACCUCCGGUCCCAGCACAGGUCCCAGCACCACCUCCGGUCCCAGCACAGGUCCCAGCACCGCCUCCGGUCCCAGCACCGCCAGUCCCAGCACCGCCUCCGGUCCCAGCACCACCUCCGGUCCCAGCACAGGUCCCAGCACCACCUCCGGUCCCAGCACCACCUCCGGUCCCAGCACCACCUCUGGUCCCAGCACAGGUCCCAGCACCACCUCCGGUCCCAGCACAGGUCCCAGCACCGCCUCCGGUCCCAGCACCACCUCCGGUCCCAGCACAGGUCCCAGCACCACCUCCGGUCCCAGCACCACCUCUGGUCCCAGCACAGGUCCCAGCACCACCUCCGGUCCCAGCACAGGUCCCAGCACCACCUCCGGUCCCAGCACAGGUCCCAGCACCACCUCCGGUCCCAGCACAGGUCCCAGCACCACCUCCGGUCCCAGCACAGGUCCCAGCACCACCUCCGGUCCCGGACGCCUCUGUCCAGACUCAGAGGCUACACGAGUCUCACGGGGAGCUCCAGCCCGUCAGUCAGGAGGACUUCUGUGAGAACAUGUCGUCCCAGUCCGACAACCAGUCAGCUCUGUCCAGCCUCUCCUCCCAGUCUCCGCCCUGCUCGCCCUUCAUCGCCCCGCCGACAGAGAUCCCUCCUCCCCUCCUCCACGCUCAGAGCGCCCACCCGGCCGACCGCGGCCUAUCGCAGCGCAAGCCCGAGAAGUUGGUCGUCGGAGCGGCCGAGGAGUCGCGGCGCCUGGCCGGGGCCGAGACCGAGGCCGAGCCCCUCGGCCAAUCAGAAGACGAGUCGGGAAGCUUUGACCAAUCGCUGAGUAGCCCCUGGGAGCCGAGGGCGUGGCCUGAGGGACGACAGGUUCUGACUCACCUGGUGGAGGGGUUCGUCAUCCAGGAGGGGCUCCAACCUUUUCCUGUGAACCGCUCAUCCUUGCUGGUCGCCCCCGAGCAGGUGACCACGCCACAGGAAGUGAACGGGACCAAUGGCACGUCGGCGCUGCCGGUGACGGACAUGGUGAAACAGACGGAACCGUCCAGCGAGUCGGACGAGGAGGACGGAGGCGACGCGGACGAACCCGGCACACGGUCCAGUCACAGGGACCGCACGGUGCUGCACUGCCAGUUCUGUGGGAAAAGAGGCCACGCCCACAACUUCAUGCGAUCCAAGCGCUUCUGCUCCACGUCCUGCGCUCGCGGGUUCAACGUUCGCCUGACGAAGCGUCUGCGGGCUCUGAGCGCGGGCGGUCGCUCGGAGAGGCCUCGGCCGGCGCUCCUGAACCGGGCGGAGUCGGUGCCGGGGAAACCUCUGUUACUGCGGCUGCCUCGCGAUCUGUGGAGCGCCGGUCGCCGCGAGAAGGAGGGAAAGAAGAAGGAAGCAGAAGACGAGGACGAGGAGGAAGAGGAGGAGGACAUGGCGGGAGGAGGGGAGGAGGAGGAAGACGACGACGACGAUGGAGGAGGAGGAGAAGAGGAUCCUGCUGUCGCCGUGACAGCGAGGGUGGAGCGCCGGGCGGUUCGCAGAGCGAGGAGGGCGUCGGCGCCCGCCAUGACGACCAUCUCCUCCUCCUCCUCCUCCUCCUCCUCCUCCUCCUCCUCUUCCUCCUCCGCCGCGCCCACCACCACGUUCACGCCCGCCCCCUCUCAGUGGAGCGUGGAGGACGUGACCGCCUUCAUCCACACGCUGCCAGGCUGCGGCGACGUGGCCGAGGCGUUCCGGCUGCAGGAGAUCGACGGCCAGGCUCUGCUGCUGCUGACCGAGGACCACCUGAUGACCAGCAUGAACAUCAAACUGGGACCGGCUCUGAAGAUCUGCGCUCACAUCAACGCGCUGAGGAACCAAUGAGGGCGAGAGACCAAGAGGAACACAGGAGAACAUUUGAGGGCAAUAAAUCAAAGACAUGGGGGCAAAUUUGAAAAGAUAAAGGAAGAAGAGUUUGGGGGGGGGGGGGGUGACACCAAGGACGACAGGACAAAGUCACAAAAAGAGAUUUCAUGGUAAUUUAUGAGAUUAUAAGUGGAGGUGUGGCCUUAGAGGAGUCGUCCACGACGUCACCGGGAGACGAGUCUCUGACUGUAGCAGGAGACGGAGCCUUUUUGUACCUUUGUGUAUAUUUUACACGCCGCUGGAGAGUUGUACAUUUGAAGGAUUUUGGAACAUUUAAUAUAUGAAAAUUUUGUCUAUUUAGUUUUUUUUAGAACGUGACGUCAAAAAAAAAUCUAUAAAUCCAGUAGCUGAACAUAACCGGUGUGUGUGUGUUUGUCAAAGAAUUAAAAAUAAUAAUAAUAAUAACAACAACAACAUCACGUAGACUUUGUAAGUGAAUCAUGAAAAGUUUUAAUGUUUUAUAAUAUCACUAUAUUCUGGACAAAAAAAACCAAUGUCUGUGGAUUUUAAGAAGAAAAAAAGAAGAAAGAAGUGUAAAGACUGGUGUCAUUUAAUCGUCACAUUUUUAUGAUAUCCUGCUCGAAAAUUAUUUAAAUAAAUGAAUGAAUUGAUGAA